AUGGAGACACCAAUGGCAACUGAUGCAGGACAGUAUCAAGAUAUUCAAGGUAGAUGGACAGACAUUGAAAAGAUCAUAAAUAGAGGAGGUCCAAUGGCCGACUUUGUACCAGACACCAAAGAGACACCAAACAUCAAGAAUGGUAUUCAAAACGACUUUAAGAUCCUAGUUAUUGGUGCUGGUGGUUUGGGUUGUGAGUUGUUAAAGAAUCUUGCCUUGUCUGGUUUCAGAAAUAUCGAUGUCAUCGAUAUGGAUACCAUCGAUGUAUCUAAUUUAAACAGACAAUUCUUAUUUAGAAGAAAGGAUGUUGGUAAAUCAAAGGCUGAAGUAGCUGCUGCUUUUAUUAAUCAAAGAGUUGCAGGUUGUAAAGUAACCCCAUAUAAAUGUAAAAUUCAAGACAAGGAUGAAGAUUAUUAUCGUCAAUUUAAAUUAAUUAUUGCAGGUUUGGAUUCGAUUGAAGCCAGAAGAUGGAUUAAUGGUUUGUUGGUGAAUUUGGUUGUAGUCGACAAUGAAGGUAACCCAGAACCAGACACCAUCAUUCCAUUGAUCGACGGUGGAACUGAAGGUUUCAAGGGACAAGCCAGAGUCAUCAUUCCACGUAUGUCAUCGUGCUUUGAAUGUUCACUCGAUGCCUUCCCACCACAAACUACCUAUGCUAUUUGCACCAUUGCCAACACUCCAAGAGUACCAGAACAUUGUAUCCAAUGGGCUCUUAUUUUUGGUCUCGAAGAUAAAAAUCUUACUAAACCAUUUGAUCCAAAGAAAUUUGAUAAUGAUAAUCCUCAACAUAUGACAUGGUUGUUUGAAACUGCCAAAAAGAGAGCUGAAGAUCACAAUAUCAAUGGUGUUACUUACAAGUUGACUCAAGGUGUUGCCAAGAACAUUAUUCCAGCUAUUGCUUCGACCAAUGCUAUUAUUGCUGCCUCGUGUUGCAAUGAAGCCUUCAAGAUCUGCACAGAGAGCAGUGGUUACUUGAACAACUAUAUGAUGUACAAUGGUGUCAAUGGUGUCUACACCUACACAUUCGAGUACGAGCAAAAGGAGGGAUGUGCCGUCUGCGGAACCAACAUUGUCACAUACGAGACCGAGCCAACCAUCACCUUGUCCACCUUUUUGGAAAACAUCUCCCAAGACCCACGUUUCCAACUCAAAAAGCCAUCGCUCCGUUCCAACGGUCGCAACCUUUACAUGCAAGGUCUCUUGCACGAAGCCACCGUCAAAAACCUCGAAAAGACAUUCAAGGAACUCAAUGUCUCCGAGGCUGACGAAAUCAAUAUUACCGAUCCCUCAUUACCAGGUAAUUUGGCUAUUCGUAUGAAGAUUAUUUAUAAAAAGAAUUAA